UCAUUUGCAUACUGCGCAGUAUUUAUAGUGUGAUUGACGCCGGAGUCGUCACUGUGCUCCUGCGCCAACGAGACGUGCACCCUGUCUUUUCUCUGACUCAAAAACCCUGAGCCUCUGCAGACAUGGCCGACAAGCCUGACAUCAAUGAAGUCACAACCUUCGACAAGACCAAGCUGAAGAAGACGGAGACUCAGGAGAAAAACACACUGCCAACCAAAGAAACCAUCGAACAGGAGAAGUCGUCAUAAUUGAGACCUGCACGCCUAUGCAAUGUACAUUCCACAAGCCUUGGCUUUUUUUUUUUUCAAACUAUUUCCAACAUGUAGUUACUAAUUGA